AAUGCAAAUUAAGAAGAGGAACAAUUAAAGAAGAUGAGAGGUUUCUCAUAUUUGAAAAGAGCUCUCCAUAUCCGCUCUUCUUAUUCCAGACUUUUGGUUGCCUCCUGUAUCAGUAGCGGAGGUCUCAUAGUAUAUGCAGAAUGUAAUGUAGACAGCAACGAAAAAGUUGUCCAAAAGAGUCGAUCAGAUUCAGGGAAGAAGAAAAUAGUGGUACUUGGAACAGGAUGGGCUGGUACUAGUUUCCUAAAGGAUAUGGAUAUUUCUUCCUAUGAUAUUGAAGUGGUUUCUCCGCGUAACUACUUUGCGUUUACUCCAUUGUUACCUAGUGUCACUUGUGGAACAGUCGAGGCACGGAGCGUUGUUGAGCCAGUGAGAAACAUUAUAAAGAAGAGAAGUGGAGAAAUACAAUUUUGGGAAGCAGAAUGUCUCAAGAUUGAUCCUGAAAACCAUAAAGUCCUUUGCCAUUCUCUUGUGGAAAAUUUGGUUGGAGAGAAUGAUUUUGCCCUAGAAUAUGACUAUUUGGUUGUAGCAGUAGGAGCUCAAGUAAAUACUUUUAACACUUCAGGUGUCUUGGAACAUUGUCACUUUUUGAAGGAAGUCGAAGACGCUCAAAGGAUUCGGAGAACUGUCAUAGAUUGUUUUGAAAAAGCUGUGCUCCCGGGCUUAAGUGAAGAAGAGCGAAGGACCAACCUCCAUUUUGUUAUAGUUGGAGGGGGUCCAACUGGAGUGGAAUUUGCAGCAGAGUUACAUGACUUUGUUCAUGAAGAUUUGGUAAAAUUAUACCCUUCAGUUAAGGAUCUAGUGAAGAUAACGGUCAUCCAAUCUGGAGAUCAUAUCCUGAACACGUUUGAUGAAAGAAUUAGCUCAUUUGCUGAACAGAAGUUUCAAAGAGAUGGAAUUGAGGUUUUGACAGGUUGCCGUGUCGUUAGUGUUUCUGAACAUUCAGUUAACAUGAAAGUAAAAUCAACAGGAGAAUAUGAUGUUGUACCUCAUGGGAUGGUUGUAUGGUCAACUGGAGUUGGUACUCGCCCUUUUGUGAAGGAUUUCAUGGAACAAAUUGGCCAGGGAAAGAGAUGGAUUCUAGCAACUGAUGAAUGGUUGCGAGUAACGGGUUGUCCUGAUGUGUAUGCUAUUGGUGAUUGUGCCACUGUAGAUCAACGUAAAAUUAUGGAAGAUAUUUCAACCAUUUUUGAAGCUGCGGAUACGGAUCAUUCUGGAACCUUAACUAUAGAAGAAUUUCAAGAUGUUUUGGAAGACAUAAUCAUCCGAUAUCCUCAAGUGGAGUUGUAUCUGAAGAGCAAUCAGUUAUUUGAAGUAACAGAGUUAUUCAAGGAUUCAGAGGGAAAUGAAAGAGAGGAGGUAGAUAUUGAAGGGUUUAAGUUAGCUCUUUCUCAUGUAGAUUCCCAAAUGAAGAGUCUACCUGCUACUGCUCAGGUUGCUGCUCAACAAGGUUCGUAUCUUGCCAGCUGCUUUAACCGUUGGGAGCAAUGCAACGCUAAGCCUGAAGGCCCGCGCCUCUUUGGAAGUGCGGGGCGUCAUGCAUUUUUACCCUUCCGGUAUCGACAUUUAGGGCAAUUUGCACCAUUAGGUGGGGAGCAAGCAGCAGCAGAACUUCCAGGAGACUGGGUUUCAAUGGGUCGUAGCACACAGUGGCUCUGGUAUUCUGUAUAUGCAAGCAAGCAAGUUAGCUGGCGUACAAGGAUCCUAGUGGUCUGGGACUGGACAAGAAGAUACAUUUUCGGAAGAGAUUCAAGCCGAAUAUGAUGGCUUUAACCCUGUUUUAGAAUUGCUUGUUCUAUACCUUUUUGCUUACCACAUGAAUAUGAAUAUGAUGCAAUAAAACAAUA